AUGGGGUCUUCAAGAUUAUCUUGUGCAAGAGCAUUUUUAAUACUAGUUUUUCGCGCUGCAGCGGUACAUUCAAGAGCAAAAGAACAAGAAAUACAGGAUUUCUAUAUUUAUGCAAAAAGCAGACUGUCGGAAUUCUCAAAAGAACUGAAUGAUUCAGAUUCAGAAAUUUAUGAAACGUUUGACGAUGAUGAUGAUGAAGAUGAUGAUUAUGAGGCUUAUUUUCAUAACUUGCUCUAUAUUAUCCAAAAAGAUGUCUUCAAAAAAGCUGAAAAAUUAUGUUCAGAAAUGUCUAUAGAGCAUUCUUGUUCUUAUGGCAUGGAACUCACAAAAAGACAAAUUGCAAUGAAAUGUAUUGAGAAUGAAUUGCCAUUUGAUGUUGGAUUGUAUGAAGAAUUCUUAAACCAUGGGUUCACCUUGAAUAAAACUAGUACAACUAUAGAGCCUUAUUUUUCAACAAUCAGUGAUUUGAUAGUGGAGCUUUGUAAGGAAAAAUAUAUGAAUUGA